AUGCGUUACAUGAAGGGUCUAGGGCCUGCAUGGGGACAUGUAUUCUUCCACCUAGACUUGGGCAUCGGUGGGGCUGAGAACCUUGUAGUGUCAGCAGCAGAGGGCCUACAACGGUUAGGGCAUAAGGUGGAGUUUUAUACCUCCCAUCACGACCCACAACACUGUUUUCAAUCGACUAGGGAUGGGACGCUCAAAGUGACUGUCGCCGGAGACUGGCUGCCUCGCACCAUAUUUGGCCACUUCACUGUGGUGUGUGCUAUCCUCCGCAUGGUCUACCUCUGUCUGUACGCAUUCAUAUCUGGAGCCCGAUUCGAUGUAGCUAUUAAUGACCAGGUUUCCUUUAUAAACCCUCUACUGCGCCUUAUCGCGCCACGGGUCAUCUUCUAUUGCCAUUUCCCUGACCAGCUAUUGUGUGCUGAUCGGACCCUCGCCUUGAAGCGGCUCUAUAGGUAUCCAGUGGACCGUAUGGAGGAGUUAACCACAGGACUAGCGGACUGUAUUGCCGUUAAUAGUCAAUUUACUAAGGAGACUACUAGGAGGACCUUCCCAUCACUGAAGGGCAAGGAGCUCCGGGUGGUGUACCCUCCUGUGGACCUUACUGCUACUGAUGCCUUCCUCGCCAAUGGACCACGCAUCCCACCUAAGGACGAGCUGGAUCCAAGCAUCGCGGCAGAGCUGGUCAAGAGCGGCUUCUAUGUGUCUCUGAAUAGAUAUGAGCGUAAGAAGAAUAUUGCCUUGGCUAUUGUGGCUUAUAAGCUCUUUCUUGAGUCCUCUGAUGCAUCUGCUGUUGACAUCGAUUCACUUCCCCGUCUAGUAGUAGCUGGUGGUUACGACUCCCGGGUUCGAGAAAAUGUCGAACACUAUAGUGAACUGAAGGUGAUACCAUCUGAAAGUGUUGCUCUCUUUGACGGGGAAGUCAUCUUCCUACGUUCAGUCUCGGACGGUGUGAGGCUGUGGCUUCUGCGGAAUGCCUUGGCCACUUUGUACACUCCCAGUAGGGAACACUUCGGUAUAGUUCCAUGUGAAAGCAUGGCAUUAGGCACCCCUGUCAUCGCUCCUCGUAGUGGUGGACCUCUGGAGAGUAUCUGUGAUGGCAAGACUGGACGACUCUGCCGUGAAGGCCCGUCCGAGCCGUAUGAAUUCUGCAGAGCUAUGAAAGAGUUCCAACAUAAGGAUGCCAACAGAGGGAAGGUCUGUGAGGACUGGGUACGGCAGAAGUUCGGUCUAGAGCAUUUCGCUGGAGAGCUGGAUAAGGUGAAUCAGUCUUUGGGGAUGGUCCGGGGUUGUCCUGCUGCUACUGAAGAUACUACCAAUGCUUGUGACGGGAAACCUCCCGCCAUAGUAUCGGACCAGAAGGUCUUAUUGGCCAGGCAGUUCGUUGACGUGACAAGGCUUAGGAUGGAGGGUCUACUGGGAGCGUUCAUGAAGCUGGUAGAAAAUCAGAAGUCCGAUCACACCUACAUCGAGACGGAGAAUAUUCGUUAUGUUUAUCAACCCAUAGAGCAGCUCUACUUGGUCCUUUUGACGAGCAGGGAGUCUAAUAUUCUCGAGGACCUUGGCACGCUGAAGCUACUCACGACGGUUGUCCCCGAGGUUGUUAGGAAUACUAUUUGUGAGGAAACGGUGUUGGACAACGCGUUUGAUUUGGUGUUUGCCUUUGACGAGAUCAUUACGUUUGGGUAUCGAGAGGCUGUUACUCUAUCUCAAAUAAAGACCUAUACCGAGAUGGACUCCCAUGAGGAGAGAUUGGCUCAGAUGAUUGAACAGAGCAAAAUGAAUGAGGCCAAGGAGGUGGCUAAGAAGAAGCAAUUGGAGUUGGCUAGACUACGGGCCCAACAGGCUAAAGAGGAAAGGCUACGGGCCCGUAUGAUGCCCUCUGGGGCUGAUGAUUCCCCGACGGGCUUUGGGAGUGACAACGUCUUGGGUCGUUACGAGGGGGAGGAGGAGAGGGGUCCUAUAGGGGGCAGUGGUGGCUUCACCAGUGCUGCUGUGGACAUCCAACCAUCUGGAGCUGAUGACCGAUAUGAUGGAUCCUUCCCGAUGGCUGGUGGACCUAAGAAGGGGUUGGUCCUUGGGCGCAAGAGGGGCCAACAGGGAGGAGGACCUAAUGCUAUCGCCCCUACCCUUGGUGAGAUGAUGGCGAUGACUGCCCGGCCUGGGGAGCAAGGGCUAGAGUGA